AAAGGAUAUACAAGGAGAGGGACCUUUUUGUAUUACAGAAAAAUCAUCAUCAGAAGAAAAAAAAAACUUAUCCUCUCUCUCUCUCUCCUUCCGUUUCUUUCUCCCUGUUCCUUGGUGCUUAUGAUCCAUUCCCAAAUUCUUCUUCGUCCUCGUCGCCCUUCGGCCUUUCUCAGAUAAUUAGUUGCAGAAGAGGAGAUGGUGUUCGGUUGGAGAAGAGCUUUCUGUACCUCCGUGGACAGAGAUCAUACAUCACCUCGUGACCCUCAAGCCGCUAAUCCUAGCCCCAGGCUCCGACCCAAGUUCGGUUUCUUCUCGAACCCGUCAACGCCCCGCCUCCGGUCCGAUUCCGUACCCGUCGCCGACCUCGGCUGCCGGUCCCACACGGCCACCUCCGUCGCCACGAUCCCUUCCUCGUCUCUGCCCUGUAGCCCUAAACUCCAUUGCAGAACCAUCAGCAAUGCUACUCCGAGGAACAACACCAGUACUAGCCCUAGAUUGUUCUCCAGUUUCUCUAACCCUUCUUCCCCGAAAUCUCCUUCCUCCGGUCUAUCUCUACUCAGAGCCACGCUUCUUCUCAACAAAAGUAGUAGUAGCAGAUGUGGGAUUUGUUUGCAGAGCAUGAAAUCGGGUCAAGGUUCGGCGAUCUUUACGGCGGAGUGUUCCCACGCGUUUCACCUUCAUUGCAUCGUCAGGCUCGGAGAUAAACGCUGUCCGGUCUGUGCGACCGCGUGGACCGACGCGCCGUCGCGUAACCCAUAUGCGCACAGUAGCUUCAGGCCCGACCCGAAUAGAAGACCCGAACCCGAGUCCAAGAUCCGAGAAGUCAAGGCCGGGAAGUCGCUGAGAGUCUACAACGACGAUGAGCCGUUGACUUAUUCGCCGGUGUCUCUCGCUCAGUUCAAUACGAUACCGGAAUCAGACGAAAUCGAUGUGGAAGACGACGACGAAUUUCCGGGGUUCUUCGCGAAUACAUCGACGUUUGCUUUGCCUUCCAAGUUGGUUGAUCCUCCAAUCUCGAUGAAUCUGGAGGUUAAGUUACAGCCGGAAUCUGCCGUUGUCGCCGCCGGGAGAAGAUACGAGACGCACGCCGUCGUAAUGAAGGUUAGGUUAAGGCCGCCGCUCACGGCAGCGCGUGAGGAUCCUAGGCCGGCGGUGGACUUGGUUACGGUCCUCGAUCUCAGCGGCGGGGUGAGAUUGCAGACAGUGAAGCACGCGAUGAGGCUGAUGAUCUCUCUCCUCCGGGAGACGGACCGGCUAUCUAUCGUUGUCUUCUCCUUUGGAUCGAAGAGCGCCUUCGGAUCGAGGGGGUGCCUGCCGCUUCGGCGGAUGACGGCGGAAGGACGCCGGACGGCACGGCGGAUUGUGGAUGUACUCUCCGGAGGUGCUGGCGCCGGCACUGGAGCCGGUAUGAGCGUGAACGACGCGGUGAAGAAAGCGGUGAAGGUCGUGGAAGAUCGGCGGGAGAGGAAUCCGACGGCGAGCAUCAUCGUCUUAUCGGACGGUCAGGAUAAUCCGGCGGUCCUCAAGGCCCAACUGAGCUCAAAGCGAGUGCCUUUCGUCGUCUCCACCACUCGCCUCUCUCACCUGGAGAUCCCCGUCCAUUCCGUAUGGGUCGCACCCGGCGGUACGUUGGAUCACGCGCCACUCCGAGACGCGUUCACGGAGCGGAUCGCGGGGUUGUUCAAUUUAGCGAUGAGGGAGGUGAGGCUGCAGCUCGAUCUGGUCUCCGGAUCGAGUUCCUCGGAGAUAACGUCGGUGUACACUCUGUCGGGUCGGCCCGAGAGAUUCGGAUCCGGUUCGGUGGUGGUCGGAGGCCUGUUCGCGGAGGAGGAGAGGGAAUUGCUCGUGGAAAUCAAAGUGCCUGCUUCGUCGGGCGGGUCCUACCACGUCAUGUCCGUACGGUCCUUUAUCGUUGACCCCAUAACUCACCGACCGACCAUCUGCCCCGCGGAACGGCGUCUUCUGAUCCCGCGGCCGCAGACCGUCCGAUCAUCCAUCGAACGGCUGAGAAAUCUCCACGCGGCAUCACGAGCUGUGACUGAAUCUCGCCGGUUAAUUGAGCGGGAAGAUUUGGCCGCAGCUUAUCAGGGGGGAGCCACAAUGUCGCAAGCUAAUACUGGCUCAGUCGAAGAUAGCCUGCGUGGCUUGGAGGCUGAGCUUGCCGAGUUGAACCGGUUGAGACUCAGGGCUGGUUCAGUGGCUCGGACCAAAGAUCAAACCGUGCAAAUUCCGCCGACGUCGGCUGGGCGAGCCGCCGAGAAAUUGGCGAAAGUGGCUAUGAUGAGGAAGCACAUGAAUCGGGUCAGCGACUUGCACGGUUUGGAAGACGCCAGAUUUUAGUUUAUAAUCUGUAUGAUUAUUUUUUGUUAUUUUCGGGAACGAUUAAUUUAAAAUACGGUAU